GCCGAAGAUGUCGGCUCGGUCAUGUGAUCAGCUAUGUCCAAUCACAGCUGAUCACAUUGUGGCCCCAGAAGUGACACCUGUCAGAGUCCAUCAGUGCCAGCUGAACAGUGCCACAAUGCCACAUAUCAUUGCAUACCAGUGCACAUCAAUGCCACAAAUCAGUGCCCAUCUGAGCUGCCCUUCAGUGUCACCCAUCAGUGCCAGUCAGUGCCACCUAUCAAUGCCAAUCAGUGCCACCUAUCAGUGCUGCCAAUCAGUGCCACCUAUCAGUGCCAGCCAGUGCCACUUAUCAGUGCCAGUCAGUGCCGCCUAUCAGUGCGCAUCAGUGCCGCCUAUCAGUGCCAGUCAGUGCCGCCUACCAGUGCCAGUCAGUGCCGCCUAUCAGUGCCACCUAUCAGUGCUGCCUUUCAGUGCCCAUCAGUGAUGCCUGUCAAUGCCCAUCAGUGCCACCUACCAGUGCCUGCUCAUCAGUGCCCAUCAGUGCCACCUAUCAGUGUCCAUCAGUGCCCAUCACUACAGCCUCAUUAGCGUACAUCAGUGAAGGAGAAAAAUCACUUAUUUACAAAAUUUUAUAACAAAAACUAAGAAAAAACUAUUUUUUUUUUUCAAAAUUUUCAGUGGUUUUUGGUUUGUUUAAGAAAAAAUAA